AUGACCGUUCUGACCAACGGCACAGACUCCUUCCUUCUUACGGCGCAUUGGCAACUGCUGCCCGCUGCGGCCACACCUUCCCUCGUUCCAUUGCCCGCCAGCCCUCUCUAUCACGAUCCUGCUCCUGCUCCUGCUUUGACCCGGUCUCGACGUAGCUCCAGUCGCAUGAGCCUUGCUUCCAUGUCCAGGUCCAACUCUCACCUGGAGUCACCCCGCGCUCACUGCCCCAAGGACGGAGAUGCAUUCAGCUAUGAUCCCGCCCACCUCCAGCUUUGGUAUCUUCCCCAGGAAAUUUGGGACCGUCUCCCCGCCAGCAUGCAGUCAAGCCUGGCCGCCGUUCAGCACUCUGGUGCGGCUGUUCUGACUGGGUUUGCUCGCCUUGACAAAUAUACCCAGGACCAGGAUGAGCUGGUUCAGAUGGACGAACUUCCACCACCAAAGUUUAGGACCAUCAGCAAUGCUAGUAGCGUCUUCGCUUCCGAUUCUUCGUCUGCAACAACCGCCUCGUCAGCCUCACAGUCAGGUGGUGCCUCUCCAGUCACAAACUCCCUCUUGCGCCCACAGACUCGGCCAACCUUCUCACCAGUCUCCCUUGGAUCCCCAGCAGACUCGUUCGACAAGCGGAGCCGCUCCCGUGACCGAUCCUUCUCCACCCCACUCGAGCCUCAUGAUGCCUACUAUGCGACAGAGCUCUCGUAUCUGCGCACUGAGGCCCUCCCACGUCUCCGUCACUUGGGUCGCAAGGUAGACUUUGAGUGGGUGGACGCCAAGCGUAGCGCAGCUCUUUCUCCCGACGACAUCAAUGCCUUUGAGAACUGGUGGGCCGAGAAGACCUGCACCAUCAACAGCGUCUACGAGAAGGGCAAGCGUCUUGCGGAUGCUCUUGGUCUUGUGCCUACCGGCAUGGGAUGGUGUGCUCCGUAG